CCUUCUUCCACGGCUCACCAACAGCUUCACCUCUCAUCGUCUCUCAACUUCCCACUCAUCAAAACAACACAGACUCAACCAUGGCUUCCUGUGGACCAUCCUGUGCCGUCCCCUCUUGUGCUUCCACCCCAGUCGUUGGUUUUGGAUCAGCCGGUGGUCUUGGCGGUGGUCUUGGCGGCGGUUUCGGCGGUGGCCUUGGCAGUGGUUUUGGCGGUGGAUUUGGCUAUGGUUCUGGCUUUGGCUCCAGUGCCCUGGUUGGAUCCGGCGUCCCUUCUGCUAGUCUCGGUAUUCUUUCCGGAGUCCAGCCUUCAUGCGUCAACCAAAUCCCACCAGCAGAGGUCGUCAUCCAGCCACCUCCCGUCGUCGUGACCAUCCCAGGACCCAUCCUCUCUGCCAGUUGCGAGCCUGUGUCUGUCGGAGGCAACACCCCAUGUGCUGCUGGUGGUUAUGGAUCCGGAUUUGGCAGCGGAUUUGGCAGAGGGCUCUAUGGUGGUGCAGGUCUUCUGGGGUCCAGCUCUGGGGCUUGGGGGGGCCGUAGCCGUUAUGGGCUAGUGGGGCGUAGAGGCAGCAUCUGCUAUUCCCCCUGCUAAGCUCUCACGGUCUGUCAACUAGGAGGAAA